CGGGGCGGCGGCAGGAGCGGCGGGCAGCGCCCCCGCACCCCGCACCCCGCGCCGCGCCCACCGCCGCCGCAGCGGGGGUUUGACACCCCCCCCCCUCCUUUUUUUCCUUCUUUUUUUUUUUUUUUUUUUUUCCCCCCUCUCCUGUUUUUCCAGAAGCUUCUUGCUCUCUCGUGAACUUUGGAAGUUGGGGGUUCGUCGGCGGGACGGGGAUCUGCCCCAUCCCCUCCCUUCCCUUCACGUGCACCCCGUGAAUGCAGGAGCUGCCGAAGCGCCGAGGCAUGGCUGAGGGGUGGCUGCGCUGCCUGCAGGCAGGAACGGACGGAGGGCCGGAGGGCAGCGUGGGGGACUCGGACGACCUGGACGACAGCCUGACCAGCCUCAUGUGGCUGCAGGACUUCUCGAUCAUCAACGCCAGCAUGGGCAAGUCCUCCUGCUGCCCCAGUGACCCGGACCCCCAUGACUGUCACAGGAUCCCCAGUUUUGCCGCGCCGUGCUCGCCCCUGGCCGCCGACCCGGCAUGCAUGGGCAUGCCCCACACUCCCUGCAAGCCCAUCUCCUCCUCCACCUUGAGGACGGCACACCACCCCAUGGCCGCGCACCCUCAGCUCGUGGAUGACAUCGACUACAAGACCAACCCACGCAUCAAGCCGCCCUACUCCUACGCCACCCUCAUCUGCAUGGCGAUGGAAGCCAGCAAGAAGCCCAAAAUCACCCUCUCCGCCAUCUACAAGUGGAUUACUGAUAACUUCUGCUACUUCCAACACGCCGAUCCCACCUGGCAGAACUCCAUCCGACACAACCUCUCCUUGAACAAGUGCUUCAUCAAGGUGCCCCGGGAGAAGGGUGAGCCAGGGAAAGGCGGGUUUUGGAAGCUUGACCCCCAAUAUGCCGACCGACUCAAGAACGGUGCCUUCAAAAAGCGGAGGAUGCCCCCGGUGCAGAUCCACCCGGCCUUUACCAAAAGAGCCCAGCAAGAAGCACGGUGCGUCGCCAGCCCGGCCACUUUGGCUUGUACCUCCAAUAACAUCCUCAACAUCAAUGUGGAGUCACAGCAGCUGCUGAAGGAGUUUGAAGAAGUCACCGGUGACCAGAACUGGAACCCAGCGGAUGGCAAAGCAGGGCACAAGCGCAAGCAGCCCUUGCCCAAGAGAACGGCCAAGGCGCCUCGGCUUUCCAACCCUGCCUUGCUGACCCAGGAAGAGCAGACUGAGCUGGGAUCACUGAAAGGCAACUUUGACUGGGAAGCCAUCUUCAACACCAACCUGAAUGGAGACUUCUCCACUUUUGGGGACCUGGAGCUCACGCCUCCCAUCAGCCCCAUAACGCGCGACCUGGACUUGACGGUACACGGGCACCACAUCGACUGUCCCCAGGGGCAGGAGCAGGUCCUCACCGAAUCCAACCAAAACAACCUGGACUUUGAUGAAACCUUCAUGGCCACGUCCUUCCUGCAGCACCCCUGGGACGAAGGGACAAACGAUUACCUCUCCAACUCUGUCAACGUGGAGAAGUUGUUUGAACUCAGCGACGGCUCUUUGCCAGCAGAUGUGAGCGACUGGAGCAGUCUGGCGUCCCUCUUGUAAGAGGCCAGUCAAUAUUCAAAGCCCGCGCAGGCUUUAGUAGGAUGCUCCCCCAGAGCUGCUGGGACUUACAAGGGACAAGAUUUUCUAGAGACAGAGACAUUCACAGGGACUUUUACCAGCUUCACUGUAAGAUUAUUCACAGAAACACCACAGGGAGAGAAAACCAACACCACAGGAACUGCUUGAUAUAUCUUUAAAGGACACAUCAGAAGUCUCUAGUCCAUGAGUUUCCUCAAGAGAAGAAAUAUAACACUACUUAUUUUUUUACUUUUAAAGGAAGAAAUGUGAAUUAUCAUAUUUUUUUUUCUGUGGAAAUGGACACGGCAUAUGUUCCUUCAGGGCUAAAGGAGAGCACCUGCUAAAUCCCAUCCAAGACAUGAGAUUCCUGGUGGCUUAAGACUCGAUAGACUAAGUGCAAUUUCCUCACCACUUCGUGUCUCUGUUUUUCUCUCUUUCUCUCUCUUUCCUUUUUCUGUCUAGGGUAGUUGGUAGGUAUAGUGUGAUAAUUAGCUAGCAAGCAAAUAGAGGUCCCUUCUGGAUUCUCUGAGUUCAGCCUCCCUCCUGACUUGUGCCUAGGGAAGAAGAAAAGGUUUAUAAAUUCAGCAAGUCUGCCUCUUUAGAUGUUUUUAUAUAAUCUAUUAUAUAUUAUAUAUUCAAAGAAACCUAUAUUUUUAGCACUAGAAUUUCUUAAUAGUGGGGGACAGGGGAAAUACAAAACAACUUCCAAACUGCAUUUUCACUGUUUAAAGGCUUGUGUUCGUUGUUCUGUAAACCAAGGCCACGCGAGGGAGGAUUCCUGCAGCAGCAGCAACAGGUUUCAUCAAGGAUCCAGGAACUGGCGCCGGCAGGAGAGGAGCAGCAGGGACGGGGUCGCUCCCAGAACUGGCUUUGGUAUUUUUUGUACCCAAAACCCUCACUGCGGUUGCCGAAGGGUCUAGACCACCAUAAACCCUCUCUGUCUUUCACCAGCUGACAUAGGCCCUCUCUGAUUUUUUUGGUCCAAGACUGUUGUUCCCCACUUCUUUUGCUCCUCCGUCAGGCUCCGAGCGGCUUCCAGGGCACUGCAGAACCCCAGUGAAGGGCGUGCUUUUGGGGGGCUGUAAGGAAGACACCGUGGCAUGGCCAUCAGCUGGUGGUGAUGGGGUUGCUCCACAUCGAAUGCUCCCAGGUGGGACUGGGGAGGAAAGACAUCCACAUUCAGGCUCCAUCCAGGAGCUCAGGCCAAAGACUGCGUGCGAUGGGCUCUGGGGACGGCAGCAGAGACGAGUCCCAUCCGGGCGGGAGCAGCUCGUCAGCCGGGACAUCCGCCGGGAUUGACGCUAACCGAAGCUUUGGCCCGUCGGCUCGCUGUGCAGCGAGAGCGUGGCAGGGUCUCUGCGAAGCAGCUCGGAAACAGUUGGGUGGAGCCAAACUCUGCUAAAACUUGACUUGAAGCUCUCAAGAACUGGAUUCUUCGCCUCUCCUUCGCUGUAAGUUAUUAGAGGUAGAGUGGCCGUUAGGUAGGAGUAAGUAGAAGCUGUAAUUUCAGUGGUGUGCCUUAGACUUGCUGAAAAAUGAGAGAUUGUAAAGAGUUUCUUUUUUGGUUACCAGAGCACUUAGGACCUUUAAUGUGAGCAAUAUAAUUUAGUGAGAGUAUAUUUGUAGUGUAAGAAUCAAUAAACAAGCCUUAAAAAAUACAAAUUACCCUUGGAGUAAUUAGCACCCAAAUGUGGGGAGAGGGUUGGAGCUGUGGAGGUGGGAGCGCAAGUCCCUCGUCCCCCCGGUAAAGCGUGGGGCAGGCUGAGAACCAACACCUUCAGCUCAUGCCAGCAGCAGAGCUGGGGCUGGGGCCGCCACUUUGCCCGGGUGCCAGCAUCCAAAACCCCCUGGGACGGCACCGCACGGCUGGGGAUGGUGUCCCGCGGCCGGGGAGCGAGGGCCAUGUCUCUUGCAGGCUUUGGGGGUCAGCGUAGGUGUUUUUAUCUGUAUUGCUGAUGCUUCUUUUUAUUUGUUGGGUUUUUUGGUUAUAUUUUCCUGUUUUGGGGCCUCUAUACUGAUGCUGAAGAACUGCAGAGAUAUGUGUGCAAUUUAACGUUUUUCAUGGAAAGUUAUUUACAAAUUAAAAA